GUGGCCAAAUUAAUUAUGCCUUGUAAUCGCGCUAAAAGCGAAUUUCGUUUUCAUUUUAAAAUUUUAGGACUGUUUUUGCAAGUAAAAGUGUAUGUACUUAUCUACUUCGGAACAUCAAGUUCACAUAGCUGUACAUAACUAUACACAUAGAAUAAUGAAGUAAAUUAUACGAUCUGAGAUAGUUUUUUCAGUCAUCUUCACUUAAGCGCCCAUGGUAACUUUUUAUGAAUUUUAGUUACUGAAAUUAGAAGUGAUGAGUGCAGUAAAUUCUGGUGAUAAAAAUUGCAAAGAUGAUGACUUGGUGGACGUAGAUGUAAUGUUAGAACAUGCUGGUGGUUUCGGGAAGUACCAAUACAUCUUGAUGGGCCUUUUUGGUUUCAUAAACGUUAUCAGUGGUUUCCACUAUUUUGGGCAGUCUUUUAUUUUCACGAUCCCUUCUUAUCAUUGCGUGGAGACGAAUCCUCAAAACGGGGAAGAAGAAUUGGAAGUCUUUUCAUGUUCUACCCGUGUCGAUAACACGAGUGGAGUCUUUGAAAAACCAUGUACCAAAUGGGCUUUCAAUGGAUCGUAUGGGUAUAUCAGUUUAACGGAAGAGCUGGAAUUGAUAUGUGAAAACAGUUGGAAACCGGCAUUGGGACAAUCGGUUUUCUUCAUAGGUUCCGUUUUUGGGUCACUGGCAUUCGGGGCCUUGGCAGACCACAUAGGAAGAUUGCAUGUUUUGGUAGCUUCCAACAUGUUUGCCUUUUUGGGCAACCUUACGACUCUGUUGUCCAGUAACUUGAUUCUACUUUGUCUUAGUAGAUUUUUGGCCGGACUUGCCACAGACGCCAAUUUCGUCAUGAUGUACAUUAUCGUGAUGGAAUAUAUGAAACCCUCCAUGAGAACGAUAGGUCUGAACCUGUGUAUAGGUGUCUUUUAUUGUCUGUCGUGUGUAAUGGUCCCAUGGGUGGCAGUAUGGUCUGGGAAUUGGAGGAUUUUUCUCAUUGCUGUGGCGGUUCCCCACAUUCUCGUUCUUUUAUUUUACUUCUUGGUCCCGGAAAGCGCCCAAUGGUUGCUGAGCGUUAAAAAGACAGACGAAGCUGUUGAAUGUUUCAGAAGAGUUGCCAAAAUCAAUAAGAAACAGUUGGACGAGAAGAUUGUCGAAGGCUUCAAGAAUUAUGCCAAGGAGAAUGUCAAUUCGACCUGUAACGAAAACCUUUUCGUUCUUUUCAAAACGCCCAAACUGAGAAAGAAAACGCUGAUCUUGAUUUUCAAAUCGAUGGUAGUUUGUUUGUGUUACGAUGCAAUUUCGAGGGACGUGAAUGGAUUCGGUUAUUCGUCAUUUUUAAUUUUCAGCCUUACUUCGAUAACAAUCCUUCCAGGAUGCCUGUUUAUCCUUUUGGUGCAGGAUCGGGUGGGACGCAAAGCCUUAUCGAGCACGUCCCUUCUCAUUUCCGGCAUAUUCUGUUUAAUUAUUGCUAUUUUUCAAGUCAAUAGCAUCAGUACCAUAACGCUUUCAAUUUUUAUGAUCAUAUCAAGAUUCGCCAUUAUCGUGGCCUACAAUUCCUCGACGCAGUAUGCUGUGGAACUGAUACCGACGGUUGUCAGGGGUCAAGGGGUAUCAGCCAUACACGUUUCGGGCUACAUGGUCACCUUCUUCAGUCCGCAAAUUUUGUACUUGGCAAAUUAUUGGAAACCCCUGCCGGAACUCGUGUUGGGAUGUUUGUUGAUGAUGGGCUCCGUGGCGUGUUUAUUUUUGCCGGAAACGUUGUACAGGACUUUGCCCGUUACCCUGGAAGACGGGGAGAAUUUCGGGGAGGACGAAAAAUUGUUCGAAUUCGCGUGGGCCAGAAAAAACCUUUCCGAGAGCACAUACAUUUUAACAACAAUAACAACAACGCCAAAUAAAUACUAAAUGUUUUGUUACAUAUUUUAUUCAA